ACCAGUCGCGCAGUUUGCGCUCUCGGAGUGUUCUGCAACGCAAAAACCGAAAGCAGAAGAAACCGCGGCAUCGCGGGUUAUAUCAGCGAUUCAGCGAACCGCUUUCCCAGUGCUUGGUGAAGCAACAACAACGGUCAUGUCACUUACCGUUGAGCUGUUUGACCUUCCGGCGCACCAGUUCCACCGAUUUUGGGGUGCGUCCGGAAGUUUGUGGCAGUCGCUGUGGGAUGGCUUCCUGGACAUUGUAGGUGACAAUCCGUUCCUGCUGUGGACCAUCGGGUCGUACGUCUAUACGUCGGUGGUGUACUGGACGAUCGGGACGAUCUACACCCUGCUGGACGUGACCGGCAGGCCCACCUUUGUGCGCCGCUACAAGGUGCAGCCCGGUACGAACGAGCCGGUCGAUCCGGAGCGGCUCCGGGCCGUCAUCAAGCAGGUGUUACUGAACCAACUCGGCACCGGGCUCCCGCUGCUGGUGGUCAUGUAUCAGCUGCUGCCGACCCAGAGCCGCGAAAUGAUCCGCGAGCUGCCCACCUUCGUGACGAUCGUAUGGCAGCUGGCAGUGUGUGUGCUGAUCGAGGAGGUGCUGUUCUACUACAGCCACCGGUUGCUGCACGAUGGGCGCAUCUAUCGUUACAUCCACAAGCGGCACCACGAGUGGACCGCCCCGAUCGCGAUCACCGCCAUGUACGCGCAUCCGAUCGAGAACGUGCUGAGCAAUCUGCUACCGAUCGCGGUCGGUGUGUGGACGACCGGCUGUCACAUUUCGGUCGCCUGGCUCUGGUUCACGGUGGCCAUCUCCAACACGCUACACGUCCAUUCGGGCUACCAUCUGCCGUUCCUGCCCAGUCCCGAGCAGCACGACUUUCACCACCUAAAGUUCAAUCAGUGCUACGGCGUGCUCGGUGUGCUCGAUUGGCUGCACGGCACCAGCGACCUGUUUCACCGCUCGAAGCAAUCGAAACGGGACUACAUACUGACCACGCUCGAGCCGGUCCGGGAAAGCUACCCUGAUCAGUAGGUAGGUCGCAGUUUUGCUUCUGAACCGUAACCGUAAUAUGGACCGAACUGCACACGACCCCCGGGCGGAGGAGGGAGAGUCUCCACGGGGCCCAGGCCACGAUCGUGCUCGGUGGGCCGGAUAGGGUAAGUAGGUAAGUAAGUAAUGAACUGCGCACACAGGAAGUUGUGAAUAUUGCUUGUGGUCUAUUUGAUAAUAUGCUACGCGGAAAAAAUAAAGGAUACUGUAAAGGAAAAACAUUCCGUAGGAAAAGAGCUAAAAAAAACGCCUCACCUAGACGAGUUUUU